GAGUGAGUAUAUAAAAUACAUAGUACAAGAGCCGAAUAAACCUUUAUUAUUUGUUUUCAGAAUGUUUUCUCAGUGUGGCAUCCUAAGAUAAAUUAUGUAGUUUCCAUUUUUAAUGUAUUACAUUAUAAUAUAAAAUAUACAGUACAAGAGCCGAAUAAACUUUUAAUUAUUUGCUUUCAGAAUGUUUUCCCAGUGUGGCGCCAUCUAGUGAGUAGCGGCCAGGCAGUAUUAUGUCAGUAGCCAGUGAGGAGGGGAGUCUCUGUUGCUGCGAGUACAUAAAUAACCAAGGAGAGAAACAGCACAUCUUACAAUGUCUGUGUGAAUGUGACGCCCUGGACCAGGCCUGCGACAGGCUGGUCUCAUUUCAUUCCAUCCCGCCAGACACACUAGACGAGAUUUAUGUCACAUGUGAGGACAGAUGUCGAAUCCCCGGCCUGACGGGAAAAGGUGCUAUCAAGAUCCCCCUGGACGUGGCGUUCCCUACUCUGACUGUGCCAAUAUGUCUUCUUAUCGCUGCUAUGCACAUCUACUUCACAUGUAUUGUGAUACCACUUAUCCCAGUGCUCAUGUUUGUGUUCUACCACCACUGGAAACGGAGGACUAAACGUGGCAGAACGCGGUUAUUCUUCACAUGGGGGGUGAACUCGGUGCUAUUUUUGACUUUUCUGUUUGACCUCAUUCUGUACCAAGAGUUUCAGGUGGCCACAGUGCACGCUGUGGUGCUUCACCUCAUUCUGGCAGCUAUGUUUGUCAUGUUGUUUCUCGCUAAACGUGAUCCAGGGAUAAUACAUUCCAGAGAUGCACAUUCCUUCAGGAAGGCCAAGAGCUCAGAUCAGACCACUCAGAUAGUGUUAGACUCUGAGGAACAAAAGCAGCCUCAGCAGAAUGGGACUGCUGUCACUUCACACUCCAACAGAUACUGCGCGACAAGCUGCACCAGCAGAAUCCGCAGGAUCAGUCACUCUGAGGAUGGCUCAUAUUACAUCAUUAGUUCUAGUGAGGACCAGAAAUAUUCCAAUGGAUACACACAUUUAACCAAUGGUUUCAAUCACCAUGCCAACGGCCUCAAUGGCAGCCAUUUUAUGAAUGGAAUACACCAUGAAGAUUAUUACUCUAGCAACCAUCACUAUAGUAACCACAUUGACAACUGUCACUAUGGUAACCACAUUGACAACCAUCACUAUGGUAACCACAUUGACAACCGUCAACACAGUAAUGGCUAUUCAGGGUACAAAAAUGGCACAGUCCCUGCCACAAAAAUUCUGGAAGAGGAUGUCACAUGGAUAGAUUCUAGACCUUUUAAAGAUGGGCACCUGAUGACGUGGUGUGACAAGUGCUUAGUGCGCAAACCUCCGCGCUGUGGACACUGCAGUAUAUGUAACGCGUGUGUUCAGCUACGAGACCACCACUGUGUUUGGAUAGACAGUUGUAUAGGCGUCCACAACCAAAGACCAUUUGUAUUAGCCAUCAUCUUGUUCAUCGUCGCAGGGUUCUAUGGGACGUAUCUAACAUUUAGUGUCAUCUAUGAUGCAGAUCAGAAUUAUUCAUUUUCCCAUUGGUUGACCCUUGUUUAUCAUUUUUACUCUACCUCGCUGUGUUUUGUUGGAGCGUUAUAUUCUCUGCUGGCGUCUCUCCUGAUGUGCUUGCCACUGUUCAACCAGUUAGUCGUUAUCUCACAAGACCUUACCUGUCAGGAGCUGCAUCAGGCAUCUGUGAGAAAACUCACCAAAAUGUGCGGACUGUAUGCCACCAAAAAUGUGAAUAACAAUGGGAUCUUGAAAAACUUGAUCAACUUUGUGUUGGGCACGAGAAAACUGCAAUAUCUCCCUGUACAGAGUAUGGAAAUGAAAAUAAAGACGGCUCAUAUACUGUAACUAUAUUUAAACUAUGCCAAAACUGCAGAACUUACAAAAAACAAAUAAAUAAAUAAAUAAAUAAACAGACAACAAGAAGUUCAUCUGCAAAAUCCUUUGCCUGAGAAGACAAUGAUUUUCUGUAUAGUGGGCAAGGAACUUAAACUUUCUUUCAUAUUUCUGCAAAUUGUCUCUUUUUCCAUGAAAAUUUCUAUUUUUCUUACAUAUUUUUUUAACAUCACCUUUUUUCAUACUAAUACUCCUGUGCAGUAUUAUUGCUCACAUAAUGUAUUUUGCAAGUCUUAACCAAUUCCGUUGGAUAUUAACUUUUUUGUAUGUAGUUGAUUAUUGAGGCACACACUUAGACUAAUGUACCAGUUUGUCAGGUCUUUUUUACCAUCCCUAUCAAUUUUGGUCAGUAUUGAAAAACAGCAAGGACGGUAAAAACUUGAAAAUUUUGCCACUUAAAAAUUAAUUAAUAUCUUUAAGUACCUGAAUCUGACUUGUCCAUAUUAGGUGACAAACUUCAAAAAUUAUCAAGAGGCCCGUUUUCAAGUUUGGUGAAAUUUCUAUGUGUAAAAAAAUUAAAUUGGCAGAGAAUCCUCUGACAAAAUUUCCAAGACUGACUAAAUUUUCAAGUAUUUACCGUAUCAAUCAGUUUGGUAGUAGAAGUAUUGCAGUGUUGGAACACUUUCUGUGUGAUUUGUUUUUUUGCCUUCCACUAUGAAAAUAUUUAGGUUCUGGAUUUGUGUCAAAUGUGAACGUCUGCACCAAGCCAAAUUUUAUUGAAAGCUAGAAACACUAAUGUAAGAUUGCUUCCCUCCACAACAUGUUGAACUUUUAUAUCAGUUAUUAUUUAUCAUUUAUUUUCUCAAUUUUUACUCCUAUUACUCUUGAGAUUGGAUAUGAUUUCUAUAUAAUUUUAAUGACUUAAUAUCCAGAACUAUGGAUCUGAAGUGAUACACUUAAACAAAAAGCCAGUAAAAAAACUCCAUUUACAGGUAUUAUCUGAUUCUGCUCAUCUGUCAGUAUUUCAAUACUAUAACCAAUGCAUUCUUAAUAUCAGUUUAUUUUUUGAUGUACAGAGAAUAUGUAAGUGUGAUAUGAACACUUGUAAUAAGAUUGCAUGUCUUUUUUUCUCCUAAUAUGCAAGACCAGAUGUGUGCACUCAUCUGUUUAUAUUUACUGAUUUUAUUGUUGUAAUUGUUGUUGAUGAAAAAAAGAUACAGCGUUCUCAAUAUAAGAAUGUAUUGUUUGUAUACUUUUUGUAGUCUUGCAAUGUUUUGGUCAGUAAGAAAUUGUAAAACUGGCACUUAUUUAUUCUGGUGUUUUGAUAUAUAUUUGCUUCUUGUUUCAUUUAAACGGAGAAAUAGAUUUUUGAUGUUGGAGACUCUUUGCAACAAUAUAUAUUUGUAAACUUCAGUACACAGUUUAAGGAAAGCAAAUUCUGUAGAAUAUCAAGGUUUUUUAUCACUAGAAAUUAUGCCUGCAGAUCUGUACAAGAGUGGGUGGCCAGCCACAAAAGGGAGAGAAGAGCGAACAAGCGCUUUUACACUCAACCAAAAUGUUGGGAAACAUCGUUAUUUUUCAUAAUUAUAAAAUGACUGUAUGAGUAUAAGGUAAAUAUUUUAACCAAAUGUAGAUGGAUAAUGCUCCCACCAGUAAUUUCUAUAUAUACUGAAGAUUUUCCCACUGCAUUACAUUGUUUGUUUUUUUGUUUAUUUUUUUAAUCGAAAAACAAUUUAAUGUUUCUUAAAUUUUUUGGUCCAGUGUAUUGAGAACAAAUAGACUUUAAUGAUACAAAAUUCCUCCUAGACUCCUAGACAAAAGGUGUGACCAUGGAAGAUGAUAGUAAGAUAUAUGUUGUUUUGUCAUAAGUAAAUUCCUUCCUGCAUUCCCAGGGCUCAUGUAUAUACCUAUGGCACUGUCUCUACAGGGUAUAGUUCUAUUUUUCUAUGUUGUUCAUCAGUGCACUUUGUUACAACAAGGUACCAAUGUUGCAUUUUGGGUGUAGUGAUUCUAAUAAAGCUGAUUCUGCAGUAUUA